AGCUCGCCAGGAAACGGGUGCGAGUGCGCGCUGUUCUCAGCGUGUUAUCGUCGGCGGGCGUUCUGGCGUCAUACUGGCAGCUGUUGUUUUUAUGCAGAUUGCUAGCCUAGCUGGGUUAGAGUUAACCAACGUAAUCUUACCAGAACACUGGUAACUUUCAUACUUUCCUUCUUGACAGCAAGCCUGUGUGAUUACAACGAAAGGCUGAUAGCAUAGAGCUAGCUAGCUUCUCGAUGGAGGGAGAUGAUUGCGAAUUCCCUUCGGAACCGUCGGAGCACUCUCGGUCACAACGAGGAAGUGUUGCUUCAUCAGUCACCCGUGCCCAGGACGUACUUGUAUACUUAGUGAGCGACAGUGCCGUGCACUUGUGUGUGGAGGGCGUUGGGGGUGUGUGUGUACAGGAGCUCGGCCGCAACGUACGAGAGGCCCUCAACAUUCCCGACUCUGCUCAAGAUGCAUUUGCUUUUUGGCUCUGUUCCCCUUUACUUGAACUGCAGCUCAAACCAAAACAUCAGCCCUACAAGCUGUGCCGACAGUGGCAAGACCUCUUGUAUCGCUUCACUGAGGCUUCUACAGAGGACAUCUCUCUAGAUGAACCUUGUCUUCAAUACAGAAGGAAUGUUUUCUAUCCCAGGUCAAAAGAACUUCAGGUAGAAGAUGAGGGUGUCCUGAGGCUUCUCUAUGAUGAAGCCAAGUUAAAUAUCUUGGAGGGUCGCUACCCCUGUGACCCUGAGCACUGGGUCAGGCUGGGAGCUUUGGCCUGUGCCAUAGAGCUUGGCAUUGGGCUUCAGGAAGAAAAAUUGGUGGCAGCCAUAAGAGAGAAGAAGUUGUCUUCCUUCCUUCCAGCUCAUGUGGUGCUGGGAAGUGGAGGUUUUUUCUCUACCCUACGGACGAGGGGAGGUCGCCAAGCCGAGCUGGAGCAGAACCUCCUGCAGGAAUAUGGCACAGUUAGUGCCAAUCAGGACCUUCCCACACUGUUCCGACAGUACCUAAGCACCUGCCACACCCUGCCAUACUAUGGCUGUGCUUUCUUCAUGGGUGAGAUAGACAAGCCAGCACAGGGUAUCCUGCACCGAGGUGGUCGGAAGGCUGUUAGUGUUGGGAUCAGUCUGGAGGGAGUCUAUGUCAUAGACAUGAAAGAAAAGCAUGUCCUGCUGGGUCUGCGCUUCAGUGAGCUCUCCUGGGACCAUAGCUACCCAGAGACAGAGGGAGAUUCCCAUAUACUGUGGCUGGAGUUUGACGGGGAGGAGGCUGGCAUGCCCGUUAACAAAUUACUGAAGAUUUACUCAAAACAGGCUGAGCUGAUGAGUGGCCUGAUUGAAUUCUGUGUGGAGUUGCGGGCAGUGGGGGAGGCUGCGGCAGCAGCGGCAGAUGGGGAGGCAUCUCCUUCCCACACACCUGCAGGCCAGGUGGGCAGUGCUGAGCAGGCACGAGAGCAGCGCAGACAGAGGAAGCUGCGCAGACAGAGCAGCGUGGUGUGCAGCAGAGUGCACACGCUCAGCACUAUCAGCUACGUAGAUGACGGUAAAGAAAUCAAGCGAUUGAAGCCAAAGAGAGCAGCUUCCUUUUUCACCAGGCAGGCCCCUCCCACUUAUUCUACGGUUCAAGUGACUGAUGGUUUAGAGCAGGGGUGAAAAUCAACAUGAAUGAGCUUCAGCCCUGUGACCAAAAACUACAUCUGCCCAUUGAGAUUCAAAGACACAUUGUCAUGAACUGAAUGGACAGUUUGGACCAAGAUUAUAAAAAGUUGAACUGCUGUUUAUGGGUAAUAUGCUUCUAAUGUUGAUGUAACAAGCUUAAGUUAUAGUUCUAGUUAUGGCUCUCUCUGUUGUGAUAUGAAGUUUGAUGUCGAGACUUAAAACAUGGUUCCAGUUUGUUGACAGUUUAUAAAGCAAAAAUGAAAGCGGUAGAGGCGAAAUCAUUGGGGGUUCUGCAUCUGUUACUCAUCUGAAUGCAAAUUCAAACUAUGCAAAACUCAUCAAACCAUAACUCCAGUGUGCCAGCAGAGGUGAUCUGUACAGGAUGGUAAUGUGCACUGUGACUGCUCACACUCUGCCUUCUGUACUACAGGAAUCAGUGCCUCCAGUCUCUUCUGCAUUCACUAGGGAUUUAUUCACUCACACAACACAGAUAUUCACAAUAAAGACUAACCCUAACCGGCAGACAGCAUCUCAGUGGGGGGGUUCAGAUUGGUGGUCACACCUAAGAUCUGGAGACUUUGUUCCUGCUACGUACUGGGUUACUUGUGCUGGUGUAAUUCUCACAGUCUGUUUAACAGACUGUGGUCAUUUUCUGAUAUUUGUUUAUGGCUAGCUUUGUUAACCCAAACCCUGAUUAGCUGUUUGACCAUGUAAGUGCCCUCUACCAUUUUGCCCUGCUGAAUAUCCCUCAUAGCUGGCAGAGAUCACCUGGCUCUACUGGCUCAAAUGUCCUCUGACUUUGAAAAAAGGAGAAGGACACCAACUGUGUGGCUGCUUGCUGGGCAUAGUCAAGUUGUGCUUUUUAUAUUUGGAAGCUGUGUGUAGGCCUUAGGCUGCACAUCAUAUUGAAACACUUAAAGCCUGAAUGUACUUCAGUUCAUUAUAAAGCCCAGGCAAAAAUGCAUUAACUGAAUGAUGCAGCAACAAUUACAGAUGGUAAACAAUGAUUUAGACAAUUCUGUUUAUCUGCCAUUCUGUCUGCCUUAAGAUGAGUUUUGUUUACUGAUGAUGGAAUAUGCAUGAUUUUCAUAUUUUCGUCAAAUAACCUGUAACAGUAUGGAACCUUUCCUUAUGCUAAUGGGACACUUUUGAGUAUUUGUGAAUGGCAAAUAAUAAAAGCAUUAAAAUGUGCAGUGUAUAUUUAGUGCAAGUGUACAACAUUUGAGUGUGAAUUGUAGGCGCCAUGUGUUGAAGGGAAACCACUAAACUAGAUAUUUUCAUUGUGAUUUGCACCUUUUGUGUGCAAGGGGUUCAACUGCAUGCAGAGGCAGCAUAUAGAGUCUGCCUGCUAUAGAGUUAAGACACAGGUUGCAUAUCAGCAAGACAGUUGUUUAAUUGAGAAUAUAGCAGUUAUGUACACACUUGCAUCUGCUGUCAAAUAUGUCCAAAGCUUCAAGAACUUUGGUCAUUUUAAAGUUUGAUCAAUAUAAACUGCCUUUUCUCAUUAUGUCUGUUACCUGCAAAUUUUGUGCUUUCAGUGGAACGUCAGUGGUUGGUUUACAAACAGUUGAACCUAAACUGAAUGACAUGGUGAAGAUUCUCUAUUGAAACAACCUUCUUGUCUGUGGGUGGACUUUAAAACGGUUUAAAUACCUGGACCAUAUCACUAACUUUUGUGUGAAUGAAGAACUUUGUACCCCUGAAAUUUGUCUUUAAAUAAUAUGCACUAUGAACUGUUAGUGACUGUAAUCACAAUUUGCAACAUAACUUAAUGCUUUGUACUAAUUUUCUGACAUACCCAUCAGUAAAUGUUUUGUUCAUGGAUUUUUUUUUUAUAUCUAUUUAAAUAAACUGAUUAUCUUGA